UCAAACGUGCCGCUAGAGGAGCUCAGAGCUCGGCUUGCAGGUUUUGCCCUAGAGCGGGACUGGGACCAGUAUCACACCCCUCGGAAUCUGCUGCUAGCUCUGGUCGGGGAGGCAGGGGAGCUGUGCGAGCUGUUCCAAUGGCGGCCAGAGGCGGAGGCGGGUCCCGGACUGCCGGGAUUUUCGGAAAAAGAGCGAAUGGCGGUGGAGGAGGAGCUGGCAGACGUGCUCUUGUACCUGGUGCGCCUGUCGGACAUGUGUGGUGUGGAUCUGGGGCAAGCGGCACUGAGCAAGAUGCGCAAGAACGCGGCCAAGUACCCCGCUGAAAAGUGCCUUGGCUCGUCUGCCAAGUACACGGCUUAC